CAUAUGGAGAUUUGGGAGUAUAAAUAGAGGGAGAGGAGAGAGAGUUGAGCACAGAUCUCAUCUGAUCCUAACGGAGAACUGAACACAAGACACACAGCCAUGGCACCAACAAUCACUGGAUCAGUCAUCAGCAGAGAACAACUUCCACUCACAAACAAGCUGAGAAAGCCCAUAGUGGAGAAGAUGCGCAGAGAACGAAUCAACAGCAGCAUUGAGAAGCUCAAGUCUCUUCUGGGUCAAGAGUUCCUAAAGCAACAGCCCGACUCCAGACAGGAGAAAGCUGAUAAGCACUUCCUGAACACGCAGCUCUGCACAGAGAACAACACACGAGUGCCGCCUCAGAUCAGUUCACCAGCCGCACAGAGCAGCAGCAAAGAGCAAACUCUGGCGCUCUGGAGACCCUGGUAGAGCCACCAGGACCCGUGUGAUUUAUCAGACAGAAUUCAUAAUGCCAGUCUGAGAUUGGCAUGGACUGAAAUUCUAAUGUAGGAAUUGAUUUCCGCCUCUGAUGCUUAUGCAGCACCUUUAAUCUGCUUUCAGAGAAAGUGUGUGUUUCAUUGUUUCAUUGAUUAAUACAUUUGUGAACAUUCAGAUUUAAAGAAACGUUAAAGUCUGAUUCAGACGUUUGAGCUCUUGUAGCUCUUUCACCCAUAUUGGGUUUAUUCUUUCACUGCUUUCAUUUACUGAAACUUUUUGUUAUAUUUCUGUUGUUUGAAACAGAUCUAAUGCUUCUCUUAUUAUAUAAGAAAUAUUUCUUCAUUUGAAGGAUAUUGUGUGUUGAAAGCACAAAUGAUUGUUUUUAAUGUUUGCAUGUGUUUACAUGAAUGAGACGUUUCCCUGUAAAGGGCAUUUGUUUAUCAUCACUGUUAGUGAUUUCAAUUUGUCUUUUAGGCAAAAUCAAGUUUUUACCUUCUGUGAAGGCGUCCUCUGUUGAUUACUUCAUACUU